AUGUCGAACAGUUUGGAAGUCAGCGGAGUAAACGUCAACGCCAGUGGAGUGAGAAUAGGACAUACAGAUGUACAAGACACUGGUCUUGAUGCAUCUACAUCAUCGGGCAUUUCAACAAAACCAUCAGUGUCUCUCGUAAAUAUUGGAUUUUCCGGUACACCUAAAGCUCCACAAGCAGGCCUCGGAUUAAAUUUCGCAUUGUUCAAUUUCGGUAAUAACUUCGGCUUAGGAUCAGGAGCAUCAGUAGACGGGAGUGAAGAUAGUGGUAGGGGUGGCCAAAGGUUACACCAACGCGAUUAUCAACCGAAUAACGCUAUUGAGUGGUAUACAUUAGACUCAUUUUUAUACAGUUUAUUAAACAGAGGCCUACGUCAAAAAGAUUUUGUUACAGCAUACAUAUUUGGCUUCUUUCUUCAAGAUUUAUAUCAACAAUUAAAGUAUGAUCAUGAAGUAUUCAAAUUAAACUGUUUAGAAAGAGAAGAACCACUGUUCACCGUCUAUCGUGGACAGUGGAUGUCAACGUAUGAAAUCAAUUACCGUAAAGAACACACUGAUCUGUGUCAUAUAAAUAAUAGUCUAUUGUCAACCUCACUUGAUAAGGCUGCAGCCUCAUCAUUUUUAGGUUCACCUGAAACUAAAGAAGGAUUAGAACGUGUUCUAUUUAAAAUUGAAAUCGAUGUUCGCAAACGAUCACGUCCUUAUGCUGAUAUCUCACAACGAAGUCAUUUCAAAGGAGAAGCUGAAGUAUUAUUUAUGGUGGGUACACGAUUUAAACAAAAAAACGCCGAAUAUGAUGAAACUAUGAAAGUUUGGAUAAUUACUUGGGAAUUAAUAUCCGAUAAUUUCAAAAAGGACGAUGAGUCAUAUGCAGGUGGAAGCAAAAGGAGAACAUUAAAAAAUUAUUUUAAUGAAUUACCUACCGAUUUGAUUGGAGUAUCUCUAUUCAAUAUCAAUGUAUUGCACAUCGUCGAUAUAGAUGAUUACACUUCAGCAUUGACAAAUUAUAUUGAAGCCUAUAAGGUAUGGUCUCAAUUUAUGACUGAUGAGGAAUUAAAUUGCUAUAUUAAUAUCGCCGAUAUCUGUGAAUAUAUCGGUUCAAUCAAUAAUUAUCAUAUCAAAGAUGAAACUAAAGCACAGUUUUUCUAUGAUCAAGCGAUUAUAAUGUAUAAGAGAGCAUUUGAAAAUGCAACAACAGAUUAUGAACGAAUGCUUGCACAAAAUAACUUAACUGGUUUGUAUAAAACUCAAAUGGCAUGGAGAGAAAAAAAAGAAGAAAAUGCACUUAUGUCAAUUAAAUAUAAAGAAGAUUAUCGUAAUGGUAUCAGAUGA